AGCCUGGUCUUUCAACAUCAGAUAUUCUGUCUUGGAUUAAACAAGAAGAAGAACCUCAGGUUGGGGCCCCACAGGAGUCCAGGGAGAGUGACAUGUACAAAGGCACCUAUGCUGAUGAAGAGCUUGUCAUCAAAGCCGAAGGCCUUACUAGAACCUCCUUAUGCCCUGAGGCACCCGUUGCCUUCUCUGCUCCACCACCAGCAGCUGCAAAAGAUGCUUUUUCAGACGUGGCUUUCAAAAGUCAUCAGUCUGUACCCAUGACUCCUUUUGGACGUGCAGCCACUGACCUGCCUGAAGCCUCAGAGGGACAAAUGACCUUUACUCAGUUGGGUAGCUACCCCCUCCCACCUCCAGUCGGGGAGCAAGUGUUCUCAUGCCACCAUUGUGGUAAGAGUCUCAGCCAAGACAUGUUGCUGACGCACCAAUGUAGUCACGCUGGUGAGCACCCCUUAGCCUGUACCCAGUGCCCCAAGCACUUUCCCCUGCAGUCUGACCUCAGCAGCACUUCCCAGAACCAUGCUAGUGAAACACCCCCCACCUGUCCACACUGUGCCCGGACCUUCACCCACCCCUCCAGACUCACCUACCACCUUCGGGUCCACAGCAGCACCGAGCGCCCUUUCCCCUGUCCUGAUUGCCCCAAGCGCUUUGCAGAUCAGGCGCGACUCACCAGCCACCGGCGAGCUCAUGCCAGUGAGAGGCCCUUCCGCUGUGCACAGUGUGGCCGAAGCUUCAGCCUGAAGAUCAGCCUCCUGCUGCAUCAGCGGGGACACGUCCAGGAACGCCCCUUUUCCUGCCCUCAGUGCGGCAUUGACUUCAACGGCCACUCAGCCCUGAUCCGCCAUCAGAUGAUCCACACGGGUGAGCGCCCCUAUCCGUGCACGGACUGCAGCAAGAGCUUCAUGCGCAAGGAGCACCUGCUGAACCAUCGGCGACUGCACACUGGCGAGCGACCCUUCCAGUGCUCGCACUGCGGCAAGAGCUUCAUCCGGAAGCACCACCUCAUGAAGCACCAGCGCAUCCACACUGGCGAGAGGCCCUACCCCUGCGCGCUUUGUGGCAGAAGCUUCCGCUAUAAGCAGACGCUCAAGGACCACCUGCGGACAGGCCACAGCGGAGGCUGUGCAGGUGAUAGUGACCCCUCCGCACAGCCAUCGGCCCCACCUGGUCCACUCUUAACUGUGCUUGAAACCGCUGGUCUAGGUGUUACCAUAGAAGGUCUAGAGACCAAUCAGUGGUAUGGGGAAGGGAGUGGAGGGGCAGUUUUGUAAAUCUGUGGCCUCAUUGUUAUUUGUGUUCAAAGCAGGGCAGAAAGUCCAGGAGAAAGUCCACGAGCCUCCACUGUCCACAGUAAUUAUCUGGCACAUCAAGAAAGUUGUGGUUCUCAAUCCUCAACUGGAGACAUGCUUUGUUUUGAAACUUCAUGGAUAGUACAAGAAUACUAUAUUUUGAAAUCCAGAAAGGCCUGUAGAGGAGUCCAGCAUCCUUAUCUUUUCAAAAAUACCACAAAAGCAGAAGUUAUAAGUACUGCAGAGAGGUUGGGAAGCAAUAGUUGUCCUCCCAUUAUCCUGUCAUGGGAUAGAAGAGAGUAGAUCAUGUGUCUGGGAAAAGAAAGAUGUGUGAGAAGAACCCCUAAAGCUUGAAGCCCAUUGUGAGGCAUGAGAAUGUUCAAAACCUUUUGCUAAUUCUUUGAUAGGUGAGGUGAUUGUUGGUAGAAUGUACUUUAGCUGCUCUUGCUGUUGCAUUCUUGACACCAGCUAAGCUCUGUUCAUACCUUCGUAGUCACCUUUCCCUGAAACAUGAUGACUCAGACUGCCUUCCUAGAUCACCUAGAUUGAAUCUGCUAAUACAUUUUGUUUAAUAUUGAGUGAAAAAGAAAUCUGACUUUAAUAGUUUAUUUAUGGGAACAGUUCUUAGCUUAUACUGGCUUAAUUUGAAGCAUUCAGACUCAUACUGGCAUUUAAUCUGCCAGAAACCUUUGCCAAGGUCCUGGUUAAAAAAUUGGGAGCAGAGUUCUCAGUCCAACUUUAAAAAGUUAGAGAUCCCAGAGAAAUAUCUGGCACAACAGUGACAGAACAGCCUAAAGUCUGUGCCCAAGCCAUGUUUUUGGAGUCACUUAUGUUAAAUAUCCCUUAGAUUUUCCAAGCCAGUAAGCUGGCUUUUCCAUUCCUGGUGUCUGAUUUUCUUUAGUCAUUAGCAGCAAAACUCACAGCACUUUCUAGAAGCAUUAAGAAGUUUUAGAAAGUGCCACUGAGCUCUGGGCUUUCAUUUUCUCAGCAAUGCAAUAGCAGUAUUGCAGUGUGUAACUCUUGAGUCAUUAAAAAAGGUGUCUGCUCCCCCCACCUGUCCCUACCCCCCUGGCAGUAGGCAGACAGAGGCAACUUCUAAACCACUGAGAGCUACGCAUCAUAUGUAGACAAGAACUGCCUGUCUUGCCUGUGGUGCUUUUAUGGAGCUGGCCUACCAUGUGUCUUUUUUUUGGGGGGCGGGAGGACUCAUUCAAUCACCUGGGAGCAUCUGAGCCUGGUUCUGUUCAUAAAUGUCUUUGCAACUGGUGUAAAUUCUUUUCCCUUAUGGCUCUCAAAUUUUUAUCUGUAAGAUGAAGCUGUUGAAAGGGAAAAAGUGAACCUCUAGAAAUUAAAAAUAGAGCAAAAAAAAGAAAAGAAAAAAUCUUGUGGUAUAUUACUUCUGUGCCAAAAUCCUGUCUCUUAUCUUUGGCUUCUGUCCAGGUGAAGCCAAAUGAGGCAGUAAAAUCAAAGCAGAAAAGUUCUUGUAGAAACUGGAUUGAAAUCAAUUUGAUUUGUUUGUUCUUACUUAGAGCCUGAAGUAGAAGACAGAAUGCAGAAUCCCUAUAUCUUGGGCAGAAAAGUUGUUUAUUCCUACACUCUUUUGUUUGUCAUCUACAAUGCCUGGAACAAGGUCUGGGACUAUUUAGACACAACAUUUUCUUGAUAAGUGGUAAGGAAGGGACCCAUUUUCUCCUUAUCAUUGAGCCCAGCCUUCAUUCUGACUAGUUAUUUAUAAACAUGCUAGGAAAGGAUGUUAGCCCAGUUACCUGUACUCCUGGAAAGGUUCUGUUGUA